CUAUUCGAGCGUACAGCUGACGGUGACGUCGGGGCCAGCUGAAAAGUUUGGGAAAUUUCCGUCAGUCAGCUGUUUACGUGAGAUUUCACAGUGUGUAUUUCGCAAUGUGAACGGUGGCCGGAUGAUCUAUUUGUGUGUAGGAAAUUAUGGAUUCCCGUGAAAUUUGCCAUUUUCUUUUGUUAUGGAUGUUGAAAAUCUAAAUGAUCACACACAGUCAUCAGAGAUUUCAUCUUCCUGUAGCUCAAGUGACACUGACCCCAAUUCUCCAUACCCUGUGGAGAAUCUUCAAAAGUCAGACCAAUCCAUAGACAAGACUUCGGAGCUUCAAUCCUUGGAUGUUGCCAGCACUCAGACUGUCCAGGACCAAGUAGGUGGUUGCGGGGCAAGCUCGCCCAUCCGAGGGAAUUCCCCUAUCCCAGACAGAGGGAAUUCCCCCAUCCCAGACGGAAGGAAUUCCCCCACCUUAGACGGAAGGAAUUCCCCCACCUUAGACGGAGGGAUAUCCCCGACACCCAACAAGAAGACCCCUCCCCCUGACAGUUUCUUGGCAGAUGGUUGUGAGUCACCACCUAAUCAGUCAUCCAAAGGUACAGCAUCGUUGUCGUCUGAGUCCGACAUCCCUUGUGUGGAGGAACCCAGAGAGACUGAUCCAGAAUUUGCAGCAGAGUCCACAGAGUCCCUGUCUCAAGACACGAUGGUCCAGGGCCAGGCUGCUGCGUACUUCGGGAGGAAGUCUGUUACUUCAGAGGAUGUGGUCAAGUACUUCGCCAUGCCCUCUGUGAAUAACAUGAAGAUGACCCUUGGCCUCAGCGGAGCUAUCAAUCUUGGAUGCUCACCUGUCUUACCCAAAAAGGGGAAUACGUAUGAGAGAGAUUAUAGCUGUGAGAAUCACAAUACGUCGCCCUCGGACAACUCUGACGAUGAAGACGUUGAUAUUGUAGAUGAUAUGGAGGAAGCAGACUGGAGCUUUGAUGAAGAAGAUGAUGGAGCAAAGCCAGGAAAGAAGUGUCCUUGUUUCUUCAAGACUCCUGCAGGUAGUGAGAGUGGCAACAAGACGCCUUUGCAGCGGCAGAACUCCAACCUAGAUGCCCCUGGUUCUUCGUCUCUCCACUCCAAUCCUUUCUACACUAUGUCAUCUCCUGUGCUUCACUGCCCUGACUGCGAACAAACCUUCAAUUGCCUUGUGGAUCUCAAUCGCCAUCGUUUAAAGCAUGUCAAGGAGAAGUCCUUCAAGUGCACCCACUGUGACAAGUCCUUUGCCUUCAGCUUCAAUCUGAAGAGCCAUGAAAGACAACAUACAGGAGAAAAGCCAUAUGUUUGUAAUAAGUGUGGACUUUCUUUUGUUCAUGCCUUUGACUUCCAUGAGCACCAGAGGGUUCAUAAUGGACAGGGUCACUUUGUCUGCAGUAUCUGCUUGAAGUGGUUCAGCCAUGAGUCAAAGUUCUUGCUUCACAUCCGGAAGCACAGCAGCAUUAAGCCAUUCAAGUGCAACAUGUGCGGGAAGUCUUUCCACCGCGCCGCAGGGCUCCGUGCCCAUGAACUCCUGCACUCUGUUCAGAAAGAAGACAAGCAGCUGUUCCCAUGCCAAUUCUGUGAUCGCGUAUUUGUCCGUCUGAGUCAUAAACAGAUGCACGAAAGAAUCCACAGCGGAGAAAAAGUGUUCCCCUGCCUGCACUGUGGCAAGACCUUCACAGACUUAUCAACCCUGAAGGGACAUGCUUGCACCCAAACAAAUGGAAACCAGUUCAAAUGUAACGUUUGUAGAGAGGAGUUCCUCUCCCUUCCACUGCUUGCAUCUCACUCCAAAGUCCACGCAACUCAGAAAGCAUCAACGUCGAGGAACACGCAGUUCCCGUCCACAAAGUUCAACACGUUUAAGCGGAAGGGCCCCCUCGCUGACGCCAAGAGGAGAUUUCCUUGCAAGCUUUGCAGCAGAGUGUUUUCCAACAAGCGACUGCUGGACGAGCACGGAAAGAUUCAUCAACGCGAGCACACACCGUUCAUGUGCAGCGAGUGCUGCAUGACCUUUACCCACGCGAACUAUCUCAAACUUCAUAUGACAAUGCACACGAAACAGGAUUCUACACAGCGUGAGGGACAAUCUGCCGAGAAAGCUCACGUAAAUGGCAAGCCGUCCCCCUUGACGGUGAAAUCUGGGAGUUCUUCCCCGCUCAACAUGUGUCGAUCAAGGCAGAGCAGUGGAGAGCAAUCUGCCAGCCCCUCGCCUGUUUCUGUAUGUCCCCCAAUACAGAUCAAAGCAGAACCCCAGUAACAUUGUAUAAUCUUUAAUAUGUUAAUUAUAAAAAUUAUUGUACUCUGAUUUAGUGAUUUACUAUUUAGACCUUCAUUAUGAGUGAGUUUUCUUUUCACAGUGCUACUGACCUGAAAUUUAUUUCUGGCCUUAAUAUGUAAAAUGGUAGAUAAAUGUAUUUCUACAGAUAGAAACAUUAUGGCUUUACACUUGCAUGAUUUUUUUUUCCACAAACUCACAACAUGGAGAUAACUGAAGAUAUCAUGCAAGAUGGCAAUACACCAGUAUUGAAGAGAAACAAAGUUUCUCAGAAGCAUUAAUCAUUUCAUUAUAGAAUAUCAUAACUUGAAAUCUUCACAUUGCAACUCCCAUGAACUUGUAAUUCCAUCAGAGAUGGCUUCAAGAGUAUUAUGUGCUACAUCUGUAUGCUGCUUUUUGCACCAAUUUGGUAUUGUACUUAUUUUUUUCUCUAUUUAGUCACAGGGUUAUCAAGUUGAUAUUCAGCAUUUACAAAUGUCCAUUUGUAGCAGCUUCUUAUCACCAUUCAGCCCUGUCCCAUUUUCUGUAAUGUUUUUGUUCUUACAAUACAAUGCUAUUUAUGCUGCUGGUCGGCUAAAAGAAGGGAAGUUCCCUGUAAGUGAACUACAUGUGUGAUAAUAGAAGAUGAAAAAUAAUAUGUUAAUGGCAACUCAUUUGUUUUGUAGAGUUUAGCAUGAUGACACCUUUUUAUUUGUUGAUAAAUAUCUUUUUUUUUAUUUUUAUUUUCUGGGGAUACUUCUCACAGCUAAACUGCCUAAAUCCCAAACAUUGAAUAAUGCUUAUUCAAUAAGCAUUUAACAUUUAUUACGAUAAAUCAGAUUUUCCAGGGCUUUUUUUUUUUCUUCUGAGCAUUUUGCACGCUAAAUAGCCCCCCCCCACCCCCAGGCAAUUUUUUCCCUCUUUUUGACCUCUCAUUUAUCAUUGUUCAAGUUGAGAAACGAGGUUUCCAUUGAAAUUUUGAAGAGGGUCUCCAUGCUGCCAUGUCUACUGUAUUUUUCAAAAUGGAAAAUCAAGAGUUGCCAUGGAAACAAGUUGAUUCAACUCUGAAUAUCGCUAAGUUA